AUGAGUGUGGGGUGUGCGGGGCUCCUGCGCUCCGCUCGCGGCCGCCGCGGGGGAAGGACGGACGGACGGCGCUGCCUCCUUCCGCGAGCAGUUCCCGGGCACCUCGGCGCGGCCCGGGCGCAAGUGGAGCGCGCCUGGCUGGCCGCCGGCCUCCGGAAGGUCCCGCUGCGUCCCCCCUGGGCUGGAUAUGUUCAUGUUCACGUGAAGAUGGAUUUAGUGUACGGUCUCGUGUGGCUGCUGACAGUCCUCCUGGAGGGAAUCUCUGGCCAAGGAGUGUACGCUCCCCCCACGGUCCGUAUUGUGCACUCAGGCUUGGCCUGUAACAUUGAGGAGGAGCGCUACUCCGAAAGGGUCUACACCAUCCGGGAAGGAGAAACCCUAGAAUUGACUUGUCUAGUCACAGGACAUCCACGUCCACAGAUCAGGUGGACCAAAACAGCAGGAAGUGCCUCUGACAGAUUCCAAGACUCAAGUGUCUUCAAUGAGACUUUGAGGAUUACAAAUAUUCAGCGACACCAAGGAGGCCGGUAUUACUGUAAAGCAGAGAAUGGCUUGGGGUCCCCAGCGAUAAAGUCAAUCAGAGUGGAUGUGUACUAUUUGGAUGAUCCAGUAGUAACUGUUCAUCAAAGUAUAGGUGAAGCUAAAGAACAAUUUUACUAUGAGAGAACAGUGUUCCUCCGGUGUGUUGCCAAUUCCAAUCCACCUGUUCGGUAUAGCUGGAGACGUGGCCAGGAGGUGUUACUGCAAGGAUCUGAUAAAGGAGUUGAGAUUUAUGAACCCUUCUUUACCCAGGGUGAAACAAAGAUCUUAAAACUAAAGAAUCUUCGACCUCAGGACUAUGCUAAUUAUAGCUGCAUUGCUUCAGUGAGGAAUGUAUGUAAUAUUCCUGAUAAGAUGGUGUCAUUUAGACUUUCCAAUAAAACAGCAUCUCCGUCAAUUAAACUCUUGGUGGAUGAUCCUAUAGUUGUAAAUCCUGGAGAGGCCAUAACAUUAGUAUGUGUUACAACAGGAGGAGAGCCUGCACCUUCUCUCACCUGGGUCAGGUCCUUUGGGACUCUGCCUGAAAAGACUGUUUUGAAUGGAGGAACUUUGACCAUACCUGCCAUCACCUCAGAUGAUGCUGGUAUUUACAGCUGCAUCGCCAAUAAUAAUGUGGGAAACCCUGCAAAAAAGUCCACUAACAUCAUUGUGAGAGCAUUAAAAAAGGGACGAUUUUGGAUCACGCCAGAUCCUUAUCACAAAGAUGACAACAUCCAGAUUGGGCGUGAGGUGAAAAUAUCUUGCCAAGUAGAAGCUGUUCCUUCUGAGGAGCUAACAUUUAGUUGGUUUAAAAAUGGGCGUCCAUUAAGAAGUUCUGAGAGGAUGGUUAUUACACAGACUGAUCCUGAUGUCUCCCCGGGAACGACAAACUUGGACAUCAUUGACUUAAAAUUCACGGAUUUUGGGACAUACACAUGUGUAGCAUCUCUGAAGGGAGGAGGAAUAUCUGAUAUCAGUAUUGAUGUUAAUAUAUCCAGCAGCACAGUUCCACCCAAUCUGACUGUUCCACAGGAAAAAUCACCUUUGGUCACCAGAGAAGGAGACACAAUAGAACUGCAGUGUCAAGUAACUGGAAAACCUAAACCGAUCAUCCUUUGGUCUAGAGCAGAUAAAGAAGUUGCAAUGCCUGAUGGAUCAAUGCAAAUGGAGAGUUAUGAUGGAACACUAAGGAUUGUGAACGUAUCUAGGGAAAUGUCAGGAAUGUACAGAUGUCAGACCAGCCAGUACAAUGGAUUUAACGUGAAGCCGAGGGAAGCCUUGGUGCAGCUCAUCGUGCAAUAUCCCCCUGCUGUGGAACCAGCAUUUCUGGAAAUCAGGCAAGGACAGGACCGAAGUGUCACUAUGAGCUGCAGAGUACUGAGAGCUUAUCCAAUACGGGUGCUGACCUACGAGUGGCGCUUGGGCAAUAAAUUAUUACGGACCGGUCAGUUUGACUCUCAGGAAUACACAGAGUAUCCAGUGAAGAGUCUUUCCAAUGAAAACUAUGGCGUUUAUAAUUGUAGCAUUAUAAAUGAAGCUGGAGCCGGGAGAUGCAGCUUUCUGGUUACAGGAAAGGCCUAUGCUCCAGAAUUCUAUUAUGACACCUACAAUCCUGUGUGGCAGAACAGACACCGCGUUUAUUCCUACAGUCUACAGUGGACACAAAUGAAUCCUGAUGCAGUGGAUCGGAUUGUUGCAUACCGUUUGGGUAUAAGGCAGGCUGGACAGCAGCGUUGGUGGGAACAGGAGAUUAAAAUAAAUGGGAAUAUUCAAAAGGGAGAAUUAAUUACAUAUAACUUGACUGAGCUAAUUAAACCAGAAGCUUAUGAAGUUCGACUGACUCCUCUCACCAAAUUUGGUGAAGGGGAUUCAACAAUUCGUGUAAUCAAAUAUAGUGCUCCUGUAAAUCCUCAUUUAAGAGAAUUUCACUGUGGAUUUGAAGAUGGUAACAUUUGUUUGUUCACCCAAGAUGAUACAGAUAAUUUUGACUGGACAAAACAAAGUACUGCAACAAGAAAUACAAAAUAUACCCCUAACACAGGACCUAAUGCUGAUCGUAGUGGCUCCAAAGAAGGUUUUUAUAUGUACAUUGAGACAUCACGACCCAGAUUGGAAGGUGAAAAAGCUCGACUUCUCAGCCCUGUUUUCAGCAUAGCUCCCAAAAAUCCUUAUGGACCUACAAACACCGCAUAUUGUUUCAGCUUCUUUUAUCACAUGUAUGGACAACAUAUAGGUGUCUUAAAUGUUUAUCUACGUUUGAAAGGGCAGACAACAAUAGAAAAUCCACUGUGGUCUUCAAGCGGGAAUAAAGGACAACGAUGGAAUGAGGCUCAUGUUAAUAUAUAUCCAAUUACUUCAUUUCAGCUCAUUUUUGAAGGUAUUCGAGGUCCUGGCAUAGAAGGUGACAUUGCCAUCGAUGAUGUAUCAAUUGCAGAAGGAGAAUGUGCAAAACAAGACCUAACGACUAAGAAUUCCGUUGAUGGUGCUGUUGGGAUUUUGGUUCAUAUAUGGCUUUUUCCGGUUAUCGUCCUCAUCUCUAUCCUAAGUCCUCGAAGGUGACCUUAUCCCGGCAGAGGCUAUAAAAGAUUCACCAGGCACUGGCAUGAAGAAAGAGUCUUUGUAAAUGGACAUUGAAAAAACAAACUACCAAAGAUUCCUCCACUGACUACUGACUCAAAAAUAAAAUAACAAAAACAAAUUUUUUUAAGCACUGGGGAUAAAAAGACAUCAUGGAAGUAUAACUUAUUCCAAACUACACAUAAAAGAUAAUCUUGACCUGAGUAGAGAAGAGACCUUCAGGUGCUUUUGUGGCUAAAAAGAUUACAGCAUCAUCUGGUUGAACUCUGAAAAAAAAAAAAAAAAGAAAAAAGAAAAAAAAAAGAGCUAUAGAAAUCCUUGUCAAAGCACAAAGUCACGGCUGGUUUUGUUUCAAAUGAAUAGUUUGCUUGUUACCAUGGAAACCUAAUGGCCUGCCAACAAAAACCUCACUGUAAACAGGGUACGUGAAGAGCUGGCAUUUAUUUUCCUUUCGAGAAGGUUUUACGUAGAGAAUUAAAUAAAUGUAGGCCCUUUUACCUUUGGCUGUUACCCUUCCUUGAAAAUAACCCGAACUCAGAAUUAUUUAAAGCAUUCAUAUUCCUCCCCACCUUAUCCCCAUCCCACCUUUAUUAUUAUUAUUGUUUUCUCCCAUGGCUAAGCUAGAUAAUGUAUGCUGUCUCUUUUUGCAUGCACUGCUAUCCAGGAUGGUAAACCUGGGCUUACAUAUUACACAGGCUUAUCGGAGUUUGCUUGCGGCCACUUGAACACCCAAACCGCGUCAUCUGUUCCAACGGAGAAACCAAACCACCAUCUUUUAUAAAUUGCCAUGGAAACCAAGUGCCUUCAAAGAAACAAGCCUGAAUAAUUUUCAACUCAGAAGCUUGCACUGCUAAGAGUGGUUUGUGUAAAACUAUUUUAUAAACAAACUACAGAGCCUAAACGUGCAAAUUACAGGCAAGACAACAAAGCCGCUUCUGAAGAAGAAAGGACGGAAGCUGCUGCGUAAGCCCAUGCAGACAGGAUAUUUGUUGUUUAACCUCCUAGACAGCCAUGGCCUUUCGGCUUAUUGUCCAUUAGAAAAUAACUUCCAUUGAGACCAGACAUGGAGCAACACUUUUUUUCUUCCAGGUUAUUAAAUGGGUCAACCAGAGCAAAAGGUUGUUAAGAUGAUACUUAGCGCAGAAGGUGGUAAAACACAAAAGUGAUUUUUUACUCUAACCUCCAUUUGAAAUGAAAUUGGCCCUAGCUUUAGAGGGAACAAGAAAAUGUUUGUGAUUGCAGUGCAUACAAACUCUACAGCGGAACUGGGCCUGAAAAAUCUGGCUUUAUUCUAAACACUGAGGGUAAUAUGCCUCUGCCCUUUAGUCAGACUCUGUGCAAAUUGUGAAAUAUUAUUUUAUUAUUUUACCAAGAUUAAAAAACACUUUUACAAAAAAACAAAAACCUGUAAAAAUGAUUUUGAGCUACCUGAGGACAAAUCAUACCUUUAACCAGCCAGUUUUCCAAUGCAUUGUAAAUUUCACUUAAACCUGUUGGUUAUGAAAAUUUGAAGAUCUUUUUCCUUAAAUUAUCUCAGCUUUUAACUUCAUUUAAAAAGACUUUUGUCUAAAGAAGAUUAUUAUUAUUAUUAUAUGUUCUUUCAACACCCCAGGAUUAAAAAAAACUGAUUAUGCAAAUAAUUGGGAUAUAAGUAUUAAAUUAUAACAUUUGCAAAUAUUCAUAUAAAAAGCACAACAAAAUGUAGUGGAAAAAUGACAAAGCUUGAUUUUUAAAAAAAAAUUCUGUAGAAAUGUUUGUGCAAAUUCAGUAAUUCAACUUAAAAUAUAAUUUUACAGCUAUGUUCAAUAAAGCCUCUUUCCAGGUAAGGUA